CACUCGUUCGCCAAUACAAAAGCAACUAAAGUUACUAAACCCUGAGCAGAGCAGCCUGCAUCCUUAGACUCUGGUUUCUUCUAGUAAAUCACUCUUUGGAUUAAUCGCCAAGCAAAGCAAACAUGGGCAGAAAAUUCCUUGUCGGUGGCAACUGGAAAUGCAAUGGGACAAUUGAGGAGGUGAAGAAGAUUGUCACCAUGUUGGGUGAAGCUGAGGUCCCUUCAGAGGACUUUGUGGAGGUUGUUGUAAGCCCUCCUUUUGUGUUCUUACCUAUUGUAAAGAGUCUUUUGCGACCUGAUUUCCAUGUCGCUGCACAAAACUGUUGGGUUCGCAAGGGUGGUGCUUUUACUGGAGAGGUUAGUGCUGAGAUGCUUGUGAAUUUGGGGAUUCAUUGGGUAAUUCUUGGUCAUUCAGAAAGAAGAGCUCUUCUUAAUGAGUCAAAUGAGUUUGUUGGAGACAAGGUUGCAUAUGCACUUUCUGUGGGCUUGAAAGUGAUUGCUUGUGUUGGGGAAACACUUGAGCAGCGAGAAUCAGGAUCUACUGUGGCUGUUGUUUCCGCUCAAACAAAAGCAAUUGCAGAUAUAAUCUCAAGUUGGGAAAAUGUUGUUGUGGCUUACGAGCCAGUUUGGGCCAUUGGUACAGGAAAGGUUGCCACCCCUGCUCAGGCUCAGGAGGUACAUUUUGAAUUGAGGAAAUGGCUCAAGGACAAUGUUGGUGCUGAAGUUGCUGCAUCCACUAGAAUUAUCUAUGGAGGUUCUGUAAAUGGAGGAAACUGCAAAGAACUGGCAGCACAGCCAGAUGUGGAUGGCUUUCUAGUUGGUGGAGCUUCACUGAAGCCGGAGUUCAUUGACAUUAUCAAGUCUGCUACAGUGAAGAAGAAUGCAUAAAAUUUUGUAGCUCUGUAUAUUUGGUACAAUCUGGCAGCCAGUUUCUUUGUUUAAGGGCAUUUCUGUUGCUAAUGCUAACUUGUGGUUGUGGGGUCCGUCUCGGGGACAGACAUUAAUAAGUUGAGAGCUUCUCCUCAUACCUCUUAUGUAUGAGGUAUAAAUAUGUUUUGAACUCUUCAGGAAUCAACCGGAUCACGCGGUUUUGUUUUGUUGUUUGUAACAUCUUUGGGUUU